AUGAUAACUCCCAGGUGGAGGCGUCUCGUGCGAUUCAUCGCAGAGGACGAUUGGAAGGAGUAUAUCGGAGAGCCGAUUGAUGAGAACGUGGAUGUUGGAGCCGCCCUAGCUGCAUCGAUUCCAGUCUCAGCUCGUGUCUUUACCGGAACCUCAGCACUUGAUGCCUUGGCAGAGCCGACAUCAAGAAUACUCAAAAUCCAGAAGCUUCUACCACCUCUGACACGGAAGGAAAUCGGCACCAUUCGGUGCAUCGGCCUCAACUACCGCAAACACGCCAAGGAGAUGAACCUUGAACUCCCGGAACACCCCACUCUCUUCUUCAAGCCAGCCAGCUGUCUGAACGCGUCAAACGCGCCGCUUCUUAUCCCUCACCAAGCAACCGACUUGCAAGCCGACUAUGAGGCUGAACUCGCGCUCGUCAUCGGCCGCGACGCAAGGAACGUCAGUGUCGAGAACGCCAUGGACUAUGUCCUGGGCUACAUGUGCUCCAACGACGUAACGGCAAGAAAACACCAGUUUGCGGGUGCCCAGUGGGGAUUCGGCAAGGGGUUUGACGGCUUCGCGCCGAUGGGACCCUGCAUCGUUAGCGCGAGCAGUCUGCCGGACCCCUCAGUCAUCGAACUCAAGACCGUCCUCAAUGGCGAGGUUAUGCAAGAAGGAAAGGGGGACGAUAUGAUCUUCUCCAUUGCCGAGAUUGUGGCUUAUCUCUCUCAGGGCACGACACUGGAAGCAGGAACAGUGAUCAUGACUGGAACGCCUCACGGAAUCGGCGUGAGCAGGAGUCCGCCGGUCUUCCUGGCGCCUGGGGAUGAUCUUCGCAUUGUGAUGAGCCACGGGCUGGGCAGUUUAGUGAACAAGGUGGAAUACGAAGAGAAGCCCCAGAAGGAAACUAAUGGAAUGAGCGGGCAUGUCAAGGACGUCAAGGUUAACGGUGUUCACUGA